AUGACAAGCAAUACUGAAACUGCGAUAAACCCAGUGGACACUCCAGUUGAUUCAACGACAAGAGAGUCAGCCACGAUUGAAGAAAAUCGGACAUUGAGGAAUGUUAUGGCACAGUUGUGGCAAGCCUGGGCCAAUGGCCAAGAACCACCAUCGUCUAUUCCCGGUUUUCCUGAGAUCACUACAUUCGGGGGCCCUAACUCUGUACAAUUCGGCUCUCCUAUUGAUGUUGAGAGGCCUCCUCAAGUCUCAGAGCAAGAGGAAAUGUUGAAGAAAAUGAAAAGCAUCGAGCAACACAUGAAAAGCAUGCAAGGGCUAGGAGGGCACAAAAGUGUCGCAUUCAAAGACUUGUGUAUGUUCCCAAAUGUCCACUUGCCACCGGGAUUCAAAACCCCUAAGUUUGAUAAGUAUGAUGGGCACGGUGAUCCCAUAGCUCACCUCAAGAGAUACUGCAAUCAACUUAGAGGUGCAGGGGGUAAAGAGGAACUGCUCAUGGCUUAUUUUGGUGAGAGCCUGACUGGUGUUGCCUCAGAAUGGUUUAUAGACCAAGAUAUCUCCCACUGGCACAUCUGGGAUGAUAUGGCUCAAGAUUUUGUUAGACAAUUUCAGUACAAUGUCGACAUUAUGCCAGAUCGCAAUACACUCUCUAAUACGAGAAAAAAGCCAAAUGAAAGCUUCAGAGACCGCAAUGGGAAGACCGUUUCACACAGCAAUCAAAACACAGGAAGGAUCGUGAGCCAGAUAGCAAUCAAAGCUACAACACAGGCCAUUCAAGGUGGUUCAGACAGUUUUGGAAAUCGUAAAAGAAAAGAGGAAGUUUCUUCGCUAGCAUCAGGGCCAAGGAGUGCUCAAAGGAACUCUAAUUGUCCUUACCCACCACUUCAGGGACAAUCCAGCUAUCCUCAACAUUACUACCCUUAUGCCCCUCAAUAUUCAGUAUCUCCAUCUCCAUCUCCAUACACGGUCUUCAAUGCUCAGUCAUAUGUGCAUUCUCCCAAUCGCCCACAUUUUUGGGCCCCAACUCAAGGAAACCUUCUCCCACAACGACCACCUUAUCAGGUCCCUUACAACCCUCUUCCUAUGCAAAAUUAUGCUCAAGAGCAAGGACAGAAAAGGAAAUUCACUCCAUUGGGAGAGUCAUACUCCAGUUUGUUUCAAAAGUUAAGAAAGAUAAGAGUGAUUGGGUCUAUCCCACCACAUCGUCUGAAUCCAACUGCUCCAGGUUUCCAAGCCAAUGAAAGAUGUGAGUAUCAUUCGGGGGCCCCAGGACACAGCACUUAUAAUUGUUGGACCUUGAAGGGGGCGAUAGAGAAGCUAAUCGAUCAUGGAGUGGUCGUUGUGACAGAUGAUCAAAACACUCACAAUGUGACUAAUAACCCGCUUCCAGCUCAAAACAAUUUAGUGGGUAUGAUCUGCGAUGAUCAAGAGUACAAACUCCUUGGCAAAAUGGGAAAGUUGUUUAGGAAGAUCGAACAGGAAAACAAGCCGAUAAAGAGUUUAAAACCAGUUGCAUCUUUGAGUGUGGAAGGUGUCAACCUUGAUACCAAAGUUUUGUGUGUCCCGGGGGUUUCGAAGGGGAUUGAAGUUCGAGCAGGUAUGCCGAAGUUGUAUGUAUCAAAGGGUUUUUCAUUAACACAACAUGACCAAAAUUGCUUGGCAAAGUUGAAAGGACCUAUCUUUGUUAAGCCCGUCCAACAGCUUCCGGUAAUUGAUUCAAAGGCUGUCCCUUGGAACUAUAAUAAAAUCGCUGUGGUUUACCGAGGAAAGGAGAUUGUUGAAGAGGUUGAUGAAGCAGGAGGGCUGACACGCUCUGGAAGAUGUUAUUCUCCAGAAGAAUUAAGAAAAGGGAAAAUGACUCAAAACAUCCAAGUACCACUGAAGAAAGCAGUUACUGAGGAAGAAGCAGAAGAGUUUCUAAAAAAGAUUAAGGUUCUAGAUUACUCUAUUGUGGAACAAUUGAAGAAAACCCCGGCACAAAUUUCAUUGUUGUCUCUACUCUUGCACUCAGAAGAACAUCGUCGUGUGUUGAAUAAGGUUUUGAACGAAGCACAUGUAUCGAAGGUGACAACGGUAAAUUAG